AUGGCAAGCAGAAUACCGCAAAAGCCUCUCCCACCAACAAUGCUAAGAAUUCCAGAGACUAAACAUAUACACUCUCACUCUUUAGACAUAUACACUCUCACUCUUUUCUCUCUCUCUCUCUCUCUCGCUCUCUCUUUUACAUUCUCACUUUUGCUCUCCGUUUCUCUCUCUUACUCUUUCUUUCUAUCUCCCUCUCUUUCUCUCUCUCUCGUUCUUUCUCGCCCUCUCACUCUUGCUCUCUCUUUCUCUCUCUCUCUCACUCUUUCUUUCUCUCUCUCACUCUCUCUCACACACACUCACUAUUUCUCUCUCUUUCUCUCGCUCAUUAUUUCUUUCUGUCUCUCACUCUCUCUUAUACUCUCUUUUUUCUCACAUUCUCUCACACUCGCUUCUCUCUCCCUCUUUCUCUUUCUCUCUCUCUCUCUCACUUUCACUAUUGAUCUCUCUUUCUCUCGCUCACUAUAUCUUUCUGUCUCUCACUCUCUCUUAUACUCCCUCUCUCUCACUCUAUUUUUCUCAUUCUCUCUCUCUCUUUUAACUCUCUCUUUCUAUCUCCCCCUUAGUUUUUCUCACACUCUCUCACACUUGCUUCUCUCUCUCUCUCUCUCUCUCUCUCUCUCUCUCUCUCUCUUCACCUGA